AUGUCAACAGCAUCUACCAUUCCAGCAUCAACUCAUAGCACGACCUCGCACACUGAAGACAACAAUGUCAACAUUGCUACUGGACACGAGCAGAUACAACUAGCACGUCUACCAGAACCCUUGCCUGCAUCUCAACCCCGACCAGAACCGCAACCCCUGCCAGCGAUUGAUGAAGAAACAGAGCCGACAGUGGGUGUUGAUCCUCCAUCUGCCAACACUUGUUCUCCGUACGUGCUAACCUUUGUCGAAGAAGAACAAGGACUUAAGCAGAUACCACAACCCCUGCUGGCAAUGCAACCCAUCCCAGAACCACCACCCUUUCCAGAACCGCAACCCCUGUCUGAACAACAACCCACGUCAGAACCGCAACCCCUGUCUGAUCAACAACCCAUUGCAGAACCACAACCCUUGCCAGAACAACAACCCAUUGCAGAACCCCAACCCUUGCCUGAACCACUACCCCCGCCAGCUGUUGAGAGUGAAGACGAGACAGUGCCAAAAGUGCUAGCUGAUCCACCAUCAGCUAAUAUUCACUCUCCGUACGUCCUUAACUUUGACGUAGAAGGACAAGAGGAAGAACCAAACCCGCCUUUUGUUCCACGACACAGCAUGAGACUGAAGGCAAAGAAAACUCUUCCAAAAUAG